UUAUAUCAGUACACUCGUAGCAAUUUAAACAUUACUAACUUCUAAUCCAAUCAAAUAAACCUCAUGUAGAAAAUAAGCCAUUAUUUUGUUGUUGAUGGCGAAUUCGACACUCCACACAAAAACUCCUUGCUUGGUGGGCGAAACAACGCUACCUGCUGGAGGGAGACUUUUUUUUUUGGGCGGAGUUGGGCCUCUUCCUCUUUGGUUCGUGUCCACCCACCAAACAGUAUCGUUUCCGGAAUGUUCAUGGCUGCGGAAGGUUCAGAAAUCCUGAAUUUGAUAGCUAACCAUUCACUGGAAACAAUAACAAUCAACUUUGACAAGUGGUUUCGUCAUGCGGAUCUGGUCAGUUUUAUUUACGCUUGAUGCUUCCCGUGUGGACUUUUUUUCCAAUCUAGCUAGCCAGCAACUAACAAGUCAACAGACUCUCUCUCAACAGACUAUCUUCCAGCUGAUCAAAACAAGGUCAAUUGACGAUGCGUUCCACGCAAUUUGGAUGUUGUUAGAAGACCCCGCCCUCUCUCGGCAGCCUCAGCAAGACGUGGAGAAAGUGCGUUUUCUAUAUUUCACAACGAGUCCACUUGAAGCCAGAACCAUUGGUGAUGGCCUGGGAGAUGGACAGCUCACACGGACCAGGGUCACCCCAAAGAGUUCUGCCCAAAACGGAACAUUCCGAGGUCGAACUGGUCUCCAGAGGUCAGGAAUCCCUCCCUACCUCAUGUGUCAAACAGGAGCGUACAGAAUUAUUUGUUACGAACCCUGUGCCUCCGAGGCCAACGCACAUCAAAGAGGAGGAGUAUGAGACCACAGUCACGCCCCUUUUAUUACUUACCAAAGAGGAGAGUGAAGACAAGGAGAUUCCUGACUCUAAACCAAUGACACUUGAGCUUCACGACCCAGCCAGCCAAUCAUGUACAGCCCGAGAGGAGGAGAAGGCCGAGCUGAAGAAGUCCGGAGGAGUGUUCCAUCCAAAGAAUUCCUGUCUCCCUAAGCUUCAGGCCCCCUCUCAGCCCUCGGCAGCUGCAGGCUCCAGUCCUGUGAGUAGGGAGGAAGAUGAGACGGAACCAGAGGUACAGGAGGACCAGGGCCCUGGAGACUGGCUAGCCCCCGUGGAGGACGACGAGGCCCUGGGUGAGUCCCAGCGUCGAGGGGGCUUUGAGUCCGCCAGCCGCUCCCUUUCUUCCAUCCUGGGCUCCGACUCAGAGUCAGACGACAAGGAGAGUGAAGAGGACCCCACCUGGGCCCCUGCCGACCCCCAGACCCUCCAGGACGACCCAGAUGCUGACAUCCCCGCUCUCCGAGAGGCGUCCCCACUGUGGCACAGGAAAAUAACAUCAUCGUCACGAAGUCGAGGCAAAAGAGUUCGAGAGGGAGGUAGAGGUGGUGUCUCCUUGUUUCCAGAACCCAAAAAGAAGCCCAAAAACUUUUCCUGCCAGGAGUGCGGGAAGACCUUCAUAUCCCGCCGUGACCGUGAGAGGCACAUUCGCACUCAUAGCGGGGAGAAGCCGUUUCCCUGCCCCAGAUGCGACAAACGCUUCAACGACAGUGGGAACAUGCGUAAACACAUGCUGAUCCACUCGGGGGAAAGGCCCCACCUCUGUCCAGACUGCGGCAGGGGGUUCUCAGAGAGGGGGAAUCUCAGCAGGCACAGGGCCCACAUCCACGGCAGUAUGCCCAAGUCCGAAUGUGAAGACUGUGGGAAGACCUACAUAGAGAAAGGAGGUCUGGACCGCCACAUCAGAUCUGGAGCCUGCUCUGCAACAAGAAAAACAUGACAUUUAUAAAUGAAAAUGGUUCCUACAAUUACAGUCCCGUUUCAGCAAGUACUGCCUCCAGCGAUCAAACUAUCAAAUAUGGAUGGCGACUUAACGGCCGGUGACUAGAGAGCUCGCUGGGAGAGUUCGGUGAUUCCUUACUGAAGGUAUUUUUCGCAGGAUUAGGGGGUGGGAAGUUUCAUGAUUCGAGAGAAAAUAAUGACAUGAAAAACAGUGCGUAUGAACUGAGAAGCUGUGUAGAAAAAUCAAUAUAAUAGAGGAAGAGAUGAUCUACUCUAUAUUUGUAUUUUGCUUCCCAUCAAUACCUAAAAAAUA